GCAUCACACACCCACUUCAGCCUUCACCCCCACCACAACCACCAACAACAACAACAUCAUCACUUCUUCUUCCAUCAACAACUUCAUCUCCUCAGCCUUCAACAAUGGCUCGCACUAAGCAGACCGCCCGAAAGUCCACUGGUGGCAAGGCCCCUCGCAAGCAGCUCGCUUCCAAGGCUGCCCGCAAGUCCGCCCCCUCUACCGGUGGUGUCAAGAAGCCUCACCGCUACAAGCCCGGUACCGUCGCUCUCCGUGAGAUCCGUCGCUACCAGAAGUCGACUGAGCUUCUCAUCCGAAAGCUCCCCUUCCAGCGUCUGGUCCGUGAGAUUGCCCAGGACUUCAAGUCCGAUCUCCGAUUCCAGUCCUCUGCCAUCGGUGCUCUCCAGGAGUCCGUCGAGUCCUACCUCGUCUCCCUCUUCGAGGACACCAACCUGUGCGCCAUCCACGCCAAGCGUGUCACCAUCCAGUCCAAGGACAUCCAGCUCGCCCGCCGCCUCCGUGGUGAGCGCAACUAAGCUGGACAUGCUGGGAUAACUGGGAGGAUCACGACUUUGCUUUGACACGAGGGAAUAUCAUGGUUUAGGGGAUAAUCAAAGGCGUUCGCGAGGAACAAAUGCUUUUUCUACAGUUGGGAUGUAUACUACACAGUCAGCACCAUUGGUAGCGACUGCAUGCAAUUGACCACCGGUCUAUGAUCAACAUCAGUCUCCAUCGUGACAUGCCUGUAAUUACAUGACGGGUCGCAGUCCCAACACCUUAGAUAGUUGCAAACCACAAAGCACAACGCGUCCGCAUCACGAUUCUUAUC